GUGUAAGUAAAUUAUUUAUUAUAUAUGAUGUAGCUAGAAGUUGUAAAGUGCUAGAAUAAUUUUUUAGUGGAUUAACCGAAGUUGGUUUUGCUAUCAAUACAUAUUAUCAUCGAUUGUUUUUUAAAUUUUAUGAAGUAAUAUUAAAAGAAGUCAACAAAAACAUGUGAAAUUGUCGAUCGGAAAAGUUCAGUGAUAACCAAAUACUUUUAUAAUCGAGCAAAUACGUGCCAAUUUCUGGGAUAAAUCCAAUUCGGAUUGUAUGACUGUGUACUUAAAGCUGCAAUUGUCGUUGUUCAAUGACAAAAUAUUCUGGUCAUUGGUACGAGUUUAAUCGAUAUAGUUUCAGGUAAAUCGGUUAUUGUUUCUUUUUAUUGCUGGCGCGUGGGAUGUGUGAUUCUUUCAAGCAAACACAUCGUGUUAUCAAAGUCAGAAACGUAUCGAUUCUUUUUCCGGCGUAUGUAUAUCGGAAUUCGGAUGCAGUCUUGGUAGUUGCCGAAAAAUAUUGAUGAAUUUUACUUUCCUUUUCGAAUGUUACGAGAACAAUCCGAUAAUAAUUUAUAACCUGUUUUCAUUGUGAAAAGAGCCAUGUCGCAGUCUAAGCAACAAAGCAGUUCUUUCCAUGAAGCUGAGCAGUUUUUGUCGCAUUCGUAUUCAUCUGAAGACGAGUUCGUGGAAAAAUAUAGGAAAUUUUCCCAAGGAAACGCAAAAUCUAAACAACUUUAUCUCUUCGUUUUAAUUAAACUAGAAAAUUCGGUCGUAUCAGGUAAUAUUGAUACUUUCAAAAAAUAUGUUAAAGUUAUCAAUUCCGUCAGCGAUAUCGAAAAUCGAGAAACAUUAGAGACUUUCUAUAACGAUACGCAAAAUCCUAUUAAAACUACUAAUUUAGCGAUCUUAUCUUGCAAAUAUGGUAGGCUAGAAAUACUGAAAUAUGUUCUCGGUAAUGGUAAACUCUUAGAAAACCUCUCUAUAAAUGUUGGUAAAAAUGUCGUUACGCCUGGCGAUAAAGACGAAUCACGUCACGACGCAUUUUAUUACGCUGCACUUUCUGGUAAUGUCGAGCUUCUCGAUACGCUCAUCAAAAAUUGGCCCCGCGAUUAUUUUUCUACUCGUUCUGAAGAACUGGACGAGAUUCUUUCAAAAGUGUACGAGGAAUUGACGUUGAAAAACGUGUCGUUGUCAGAGAAUAUGCAAGUUUUCGUCGAAAGCCAAUUGAUUAAUCUUCGUUUUUUCUCGAAUUCUUCUAAACAGGAUCCAAGUAGCGAUGACAGAGUCAAUUUUGGUGAUAAUAGUAUUAGAGAUCGAGUCGAUUUAGUGCUAGAAAAAAUCGCUUUUUUGAAGUCAGAGUUUUCCGAUGUCGAAAAAUUGGAUGAAACAUUUUUAUUCGUCGCUAGGUUUAUUGCUCGAAAUAUUCACGUGCUCAAACGUCAAUUGAAAUUCACCUACGAUAGAUUACCUUGGGAAGAAAUCGAAUUUUGUUUAGUUUCUUUCGUUUCUUCUUACGUCAAUCGGCGAGAAAUUAAUUUCUUUUAUCGCGCGAUUUUAAAUAAGAGCAAAAUAAUUCGCUAUUUGGGGCAGUUCGCUGACAAACUCGAAGCUGAAAAAUCGAAUAUUGAAAAUGAACGCGUUAAUGAGCUAGCCGAUCUUCCGAAGCUGAAACGCGAUCAAAUUGUUACCGAUAUCAUUCGAAAUAAUCCCGAAUUUCAAGAUUUGUACAACGAUUAUCGACGUAUCCGAGAUAUUCAUUCUUUGGAGAAAAUAAACGAGUAUUUAAACCUCGCUUUAUCCAUCGAUCCUGAAGAUAGACGAGGCCAAUUAGUUAUUAUUCGUGCUUUGCAAGUCAUCGGCGAGUAUUUAAAAAACACAUUGGAAUCUCCGAAGCUGUCUUCUACUACGAGCGAGUUUCUUCUUCUUUCAUUGCCGGAAAAUACCAGAAAAAUCGUCUUCGAUUUACGUAACUCACUGUCACACGCUUCUUCGCUACUUAGAAGAAGCGAAAUCGAGGAAAAUGCCGACGUCAGCUUUUUCAUCGGCGUUCAGAAUGAUACGAAAAAAAUGUACGAUGCUAUUGUCGAUAUUCUCCGCAAUAGAAAGAUGGACAUGAUCCGGAAACUACUGCAGGAUAUUGUCGAUAGUGAAAGUUUGCACGAAUUUGGAGAAAUCGUCGAAGCCUUCGGUUUCAUCGAAGUGGAUCAAAUGAGCGAGAAUAGUUUAAAAUUAACGGAACACGAGAAUUUGGAAAAACUCAUCAACGAAAUGAGUGAUGCUAUCUCUCACCAGACUUAUCACGAAAAAAAUCUCUUCGUUCGAAUCAGAGGGAUAAUAAACGCUGCAGAAAACGAGUUACGAAACACCAUAACUGAUUACAACUUGGAAUUCGCAAUGUUGACCAGUCUUCUGAGUUCCUUGCGAAUAAAUGUUGGCCAUGGUCUCGAUAGCAAUCACGUUAGGAUACAAAAAUUCGUAAUUAAAACCGCAUUGCAGAAUUUUUUCCCCGAAGAAACGUCAUCACACAGUCAGAAAGAAAUCGUCGAAUUAGCUAUGGCUAUUUUUCAUAGCGCCGAAUCGAGAUUACAGGGUGAUCAUCUACAAAGGCUAAUGAAAUCCAUGCUUGAAAUCGUUCAUAUUGCCGAAUUCGGAAUAAAUGACAUCGAAUGGAUCGCGAAUUUGAGAGAAAAAUUACGUGAGAAAGGUGCCUUUACUUGUGCACAUGAAGAAAACCAGCCUUCCACGACCACGAAAGAAAAAUACCAAAAACAGCUUACACUGAAAUUGUCCGAGUUGAAAACAGUUUUGAAAAAUGAUCGAGUAAAUGGCGAUGAAUCGAAUGAAAAAACUCAUCGUUGGAAGGAUAAAAAAUUCCAAGCUGCGGUAGAAACGUUGGUUCUGGACAUCUUGUCGAUUUUAGGCGAAUCCGAUAAUCAUCUGGAAGAAAACCUGCUCUUCUUGGAUGGAAAUAGUCCACUGCUGGUUGGAAAAUGCCUACGUAAUUAUUUAGCCCAUGGUAAUACCUUACUCGAUACAUUGUCCGAUCCAUCUACAGCAAUAAUCCUAAACGCCGAAAAACUCGUUUCUGAAAAUAUUGCCAAAAGUAAUAGAAAGAUUGGCAAAUUAGUCCAACAUGAUCCUUCCAAUUUGAAGGCUAAAUUCGAUCAAGAUCUCGUCACCGUUACAAAUCAAUGUAAUAUGUUCACCGCGUUAGAACGAGGUGAUUUUGAAGAAUUGAAGAAUUGUAUCGCCAAAGGCGCCGAUAUUCGUGCUAAAAGUAUCAAUUCGUGGUCCGCGUUGCAUUUCGCUUCUCACGGACCUAGUCUCGAAAUUGUGAAAUUUAUUCUCGACCAGAAUUCAGACGCCGAUGUUGAAGAUGCGGAUGGCCAAAAUUCACUCCACGUCGCUGCUGCUAAUGGAAGAAAAAAUAUCGUCGAAUUUUUCAUCACGAAAGCGGGCCUUUCUGCCAACUCUGCCGAUCAUUUUCGAAGAACACCCCUACACUUCGCAGCUAAAAAUGGUCACAGGGAUGUCGUUGAAGUAAUACUGCUGCAAAAUAACGACGAUACGGGUAAUCUGACCGAUCUAUUGGGUUAUGCUCCGUUGCACUAUGCUGUGCAACGCAAUCACGUUGAAAUCGCCGAAAUUCUGCUGGAAAAAUUUGGGAACGUCGACUACCAGGCUUCGGCUGGCUUUACACCUCUACAUAUAGCUGCAGAAAGUGGUAGACUAGAGAUGGUCAACUUUUUGCUCAGUUGCGGGGCAAAUAUUUGCGCAAAACACGAUAAAGGAGCUACACCUUUGCAUCUAGCAGCUCAAAAUGGCCAUUCAGAAAUCGUGGAAGCUCUAAUUUCAAAAGGAGCCGAUGUCAACGCUACAAAUUCAGAAGGUGGUACCCCUUUACACCACGCAGUUGAACUCGAUCGUCUCGAGGUAGUCAAUAUUCUAUUGAAACACGGAGCUGCCCCUAGUAUCGCUCAAAAAUCUCAUUAUGGAACCCCUUUGCACUACGCUGCCAGAGACGGACGCGAAGAAAUUGUUGAAACGCUACUUUCUUACAAUGCAGAUGUCAAUCUUGUCACCGAUGAUGGACGUUCAUCUCCAUUGCAUUUGGCAGUACGGUUUGGCAGCUUGAAUGUCGUCACUUCCCUUCUGAAACAUGGCGCAGAUAUUCGUGCCAAAGAUAUCGAUUCUCGGACACCAUUGCACUGUGCAGCUGAAAGUGGCUGUGAAGAAAUCGCUCAACUUCUCAUACAAAAUGGGGCGGAAAUCGAUUCUAAAGCUGAUGAUAAUUCAACACCGCUACACGUGGCCGCUCUUGCUGGACACAAAGACGUCGCUGCUAUCUUGAUGAAAAAUAAAGCCGGAGUUGAUACCGAAAACAAGAUGGGUCAGACGCCACUUUUUCUCGCUGCUAGGAAUGGCCACGUGGAUAUCUGCGAGCUCCUUAUUUCCCAAAAUAAAUCCGUCGUUGAUUUAAAAGAUGAAAAGGGUACGACACCUUUGCAUGCAGCUGCUCGCGGUGGUCAUGAAAAUGUUGUUAGUUUUCUCGUAAAAAGUGGAGCUUGUGUGAAUACCAGAGAUAAAUUUGGUGGUACGCCUUUACUCGAAGCUAUACUCGGCAAUAGCAAAAAUGUGGUCAAGUUUUUAAUAGAAAAUGAAGCGAUGGUCAAUACCACCACACGCAGUUCUCAAGCGGACACUUUUGCUUUAUCACCACUGAUCGUGGCUGUUGUAGGUGGUCUCGAAGAUAUUGUCGAGAUUUUAGUUGAAAAUAAGUCCGAUGUUAACGAGAGAACCGAUAGCAUAACGCCUUUGAUAAUUGCUAUAAAAUAUAACUUGAAGAAAAUUGUUCAAAUUUUGAUAACGAACGGAGCCGACGUCAAUGACGAGAAUAGCGAUCCUUUACUUCUGGCGAUACGUAAUAAUCGUACGGAUAUAUUGAAAAUUUUACUCGAAAAUAAAGCUAAUAUCGAUUUCAAAUACGGCGAUGGUUAUUCGUUGUUACAUUUUGCUGUUAUCGAAAUGUGUCAUAAGGAUAUAAUUGAAGUUCUGAUAGAGAAUGGAAUCGAUGUGAAUGGCACGACUACUUUAAAUGUUACACCAUUGUACCUUGCAUCGAGUCGAGGUCACGAAGAAAUGGCGGAAAUUUUGAUUAGAAACAAAGCCGACGUUAAUAUCGUUAAUUGUGUUGGUACUCCAUUGCAUAUUGCUGCUGCGAAAGGUCACGUGAAUAUCGUUAAACUUCUAUUGGAAAAUGGAGCGGAAAUGUUGGAAGAUGCUGAAGACAGAUGUCUUCCUUUGGAAUUGGCAGUCUCAUAUAGCCAAUUGGAUGCGGUUAAAAUCUUACUACAGCAUAAACCAACGGAUAUGAACGUUAAAGGUAAUUUUAAUGAUUGGACAUUACUCCAUUAUGCUUCGGAAAAAGAUAACCUAGAAAUGGUAGAAUAUCUCGUAAGCAAAGGAUGCAACAUUCGUGCCAAAAGUAGCUCCAGCGAGAAACCAAUUCACAUCGCAGCUAGAGAAGGUCUCAAAGACAUUGUCGAGUUCUUUCUGAGUAAAGGAUUAAAAGUUGACGGACGUGGUAUGCAGAACAAAACAGUACUACAUUAUGCCUCGAGCAAAAAUGGAUCGCAAGUUGUCAAAUUCUUGAUAUCCAAGGGUGCUGAUGUCAAUGUUAGAGACGACGUAGGCAUAACCCCGCUCCACGAGGCCGUUGCGUGUGGUUCUAAAGACGCAGUUGCUGUUGUCAACAUUUUACUCGAUUACGGUGCAAAUGUCACUCACGCUACGAAUCACGGUCUUACGCCUUUACAUACAGCAACCUGGAAACGUAGUACCGAAAUUGUCAACGUAUUGCUGCAACGUAUCAGUCGCAAUAAAUUAAACGAAUUCGUCAACGCUAAAACUACAUCCGAAGGUAGGACAUCUCUUCACAUUGCUGCCAAAAAUGGUUCCUCGGAUAUCGUAAAAUCCUUGCUAAAUCACGGUGCCAUGUACAACGUCGCCAACAAAGAAGGCAAAACUCCAAUCGACCUUUCUACGAAUCAAGAAAUCACCAACUUACUUAAAUCGAUCCACAAAAUAUUCGCUAGCGUCAACAAACGAGGUAGUGUUGAUGUUACCAGUACGAGGUUGAAGGCUUUGAAGUCUGACGAGUUUUCUGCUGCGACGAAUGCUCGCAAUUCUGAAGGCAAUAAAUUGGUACAAGUUGCCGAAGCGAAUAACCAAAAGAAUAUCGUCAACGUGUUGUCGAAGAUGAUGAAAAAAACUAAUCAGAAUUAGGUAAUUAGGUCUCGAUUGCUUAUUCAACCUACAGUUAUUAGGAAAUACAUAUGUGCCUAGUUUUCAGCGAGUACGUCCUCGAUUUCGAUUCUAAAAUUUGUGGGAAUAUAAUCUCGUGGAAUAAAAAACGAAUUAGUUUUUCAAGUAGGUAGGUAACUAUGGUAGGUAUCUUAAAAAUUGAAGGCGAGAUUAGGAAAAAAAAAUCAAUACAAAAUGCACUUCGAACCCAGUUUUUUUUUCUUUAAAAAUUUCUGCGAUAAUGAGCACGGUACCUAGUACAAAUCAAAAAUGACCUAUAUUGCCUGUCGAAAUUUACAUUUUCCUUUACGUUCAAAUCCUGGUUUUAUAAUGUAAAAAAAAAUCUACGAGUUGUUUAUUUUGCUUUCCAACGGCGAUGUCGUAAUUUUUUCAAGUCUUACCUAAGUAUAAUUAGGUCCUACCAACAAUUCUAUUCUUGUUGCAAAAUUACGUAUAAUUUGAUCUAAUUGAUA